CUGGACAUCUGAAGUUCUUCACUUGACCAGCAGAGUCUUGGUGGAAGGAAAUUUCUGGAUCUCUACAAUUAAGAUGAAGGUCACUGUGUCUUCUCAGCGCUCACAGUCCACUAUGUUCCUGCUGUCAGUCCUGCUGGCUCUCUUGGUUGUCUCCCAUGGAGGGAAUAAAUCACCAAACAUUAAAGAUCAACCACUUCUGGAGGAAUACAAUUAUGUGAUAAUGGAAUGGGAAAAGUUUGAGGGAAGCGUUCCAACAGAUGCAGUUUCAAUCAGAGAGGAUGAGAACAUGUAUGUGUGCAGAAAUAUGCAGAAGAAAUGCUCUGUCGGCAUUUUGAAAGGGUCCAAAUGCGAGUAUGAGAAAGGUGAAGAAGUCACAAUAGACAAUCCAGACUCAUUUGAAGUCCUCGUCAACAAAGAUAGCUUUGAGAGUCUCGAGUGGCAAAAAAUUAAAUGCACUGCAGAAGUUGAAGAAGUCCACGAAAAUGCUGUCCUAAUCUGUGAUGAUCAGAACUUGUUUAUUGGGAGAAAAAGCGAUGAAGCAAUGUCUUUACCUGCAGAGAAGUCUGCUAAAAGAGAACGUUUUGAGAAAUUCUAUCCAAUUAGAAAACUGAGGAAAACAAAAGGGAUUCAAAAGUUAGAAACAAAAACUGGAUCCUGCAAGGUCCUGACUGUUUCGUAUGAAAAUGUAAGAGAACAGGAAAUACAUGACUGUGUGUAUGAAGAAGGAAAUAAAAAAGAAUCUGAGUCAAGCUUACCAGAGCAAAUCUCGGACAGGUCUGUGAUCGUCAACAAUCAAGAUACAGAAGUGACACAAACUGUUACAGGUUCAACAACGAUCAGCCAGGAGAGAAGAUGGGACUUUACUUAUGCCGUUACCAAAGGAGUUAAACUUAAUAUUAAUAUAAAAGCCUCUGAUGCUUUUUCAAUGGGGCUUGAACUUAGUCGUCAGACCACAACCACAGAGAAAAAGGGAUUUUCUGUUAAACAGGAUAAGACAUUUAAGACUGAUACUAUUGUUAAGAUUCCACCAAAAAGCCAGUGCACAGUCCAUGUGGUUGGAAAACAGCGCGUGGUUGAGGUUCCUUUCAAGGCAAAACUCACUCGCCUCUUCAAUAGAGGUGAACCUAAAACAAUAACAGUCUCUGGGACUUUUGUUGCAAACAAUGCUGUAGAGGUUAAGACUGUGGUAGAAAAGUGUGAACCUCUACAUGUUAACCUGGCCUCUGGAGGAAGAGGUGACCCAAAUAAGGUGAUAAUAAUGAAAGAAAAACAAACUGAAACUCAUUAACUGUGACACUGUUGUCAUUUUAAAACUAAUCAGGCAAUGCAAGUUUUUGUGAAGAAAAAUUGAUUUAAAAGA